GUUGAGGAGGAAGCUGAGGCUGGGGGAAAGUGCUGGGAUGGAUUGGUGAUGUCUGCCCCGGGCGUGCGAGGGAGGAAAGCGCCCUGCCUUAGGAGGUUCUGAAGUGAGGACAGUGGCAACCCUAGUGACAACCCUAAUGACGUGGUUCACACUUAUUGAGCGACUCCCUGGCCUGGAGGCUGCCCUCUGUGUUUUGUGGGUAUCUUUCAGUGAUGAUUUGAUUUCUUCUGUCUGCUUUCAGGGGACCAUAUGCAGGAAGAGACUGACCCCCUCUUGGAAGAGCCUGUGAGCUUCCCCCUAUUCCUGCAGCACCCCUUCCGCCGGCACCUCUGCUUCUCUGCAGCCACCAGGGAGGCACAGCGUGCCUGGCGGCUAGCCCUGCAGUGUGGCAUCCGACUUCGGGGCACAGUCCUGCAGCGAAGCCAGGCCCCGGCUGCCCGGGCCUUCCUGGACUCCGUGCGGCUCUACCGGCAGCAUCGAGGCCACUUCGGCGAGGACGACGUGACGCUGGGCUCGGACGCGGAGGUGCUGAGCGCGGUGCUGCUGCGGGAGCUGCUGCCGGCGACGCGGGCCCAGACCCUGCCGGCGCUGCGGGGUGCUGGCCGCGCCCGGGCCUGGGCCUGGACCGAGCUGCUGGACGCCGUCUACGCCGCCGUCCUGGCUGGCGCCUCUGCGGGGCUUCGCGCCUUCCAGCCCGAGAAGGACGAGCUGCUGGCGUCCCUGGAGAGGACCAUCCGCCCGGAUGUGGACCAGAUGCUGCAGCUUCAGGAGCGCGUGGCGGAGAGGCUGCGGGCGGAUGUCCAGGCCCCGCUGAGGUCCUGCCUGCGCCGGAAGGUGGACAUGCAGCUGUCCCAGGUCACGCAGGCGCUGCUGAGCACCGUGGACGCCGCGCUGGAAGCCGUGCGGACCCUCCUAGCCCAGGGCAUGGACCGUCUCUCUCGCCACCUGCGUGGGAACCCCUCCGGCGCGCGGCUGCGCAGAGAGGUUUACGAGUUCGGGGAGAUGCCGUGGGACCCGGAGCUGAUGCAGAAGUGCUACCGUGAGGCCGAGCGCAGACGCGGGAGCCUGGCGCAGCUGGCAACACCGUUCGGCUUCCUGGGGACACAGAGCUUGGUGUUUGGGGUCCAGGAUCUUGCACAGCAGCUCAUGGCCAAUGCCGUGGCCACCUUUCUGCAGCUGGCUGACCAGUGUCUGACCACCUCCCUGGACUGCCACCAGGCUGCUGAGCAACUGGGGAGAGUUGGAGGGCGGGUGCUGAAGAAGCUGCGGUCGGACGGUGAGUCGGCGCAGCGGAGGUGCGUCCGGGGCUGGCUGCUGUGCAUCUUCCUGCCCUUCGUGCUGAGCGAGCUCCAGCGGAGCGGCCGAGCCUUCCGGAAGCUGCCUGAGUUUGAGGGGGACAUCCUUGCCGUGGGCAGCCAGGCCCUGACUAUUGAGGGCAUCUACGAGGAUGUCAUCCGGGGUGUCUUGCUGCAGAAGAUCGACCAAGAAUUGAAGAAGGGCCUUGGCACCAGCGACACACCCUGCCCUCACGUUGACGACUCAGAGGCCGCAUGGCACCAGGAGGGAGCGGGUGGCCAAGCUGGUGACGUAUGAGGUGAGAGAAGCCACGUGGGACUCUGAGUUGCCGAAAGAUCCUGCGGGUCCAGGUGCUGACAUGCCUGUGGACUCAGCCCUGGGAGCUGAGCUGGAGCUGAGCCUCGACCCCGCUCAUCUGGCCAGGACAGAGUGGGGUGCUCCCCACAGCUACUUCCCGUCUUCAGCACCAGAAGGGGAGGCUGUGGCCACGGGACCCUUGGGUUUAUCAUCAGCCAGGGCACUGCAAGAUGGGCUUGGGGGGUCAAUUUGUUACACAGCAAUAGCUAACUAAUACACUUCAGGAGCAGCAUCCUGUCGCCAAUUCCUGCAGAUAAAUGGAUGCAGAUUCACACUAACUGGCACA